UCCCGGCAGCCGUGCACCGCACACGGCCGGGAGGCCUCUGCCGGCUGUGCACAGCCGGACCCGCUCCCUCCCAGUUUACUUUCGCUUCUCUAACUUGCCAGUGACCUCUGCUCAUCCAAGAAGGACAGCACGCCGGCUGCCCCGCGGUACGUGUACCGGGCACAGCACAAACCUGUGAAACCUAUGGAUGAUGCUCUACAAGAGACAUCAGUCGUAUUGUCAUCGGCUGCAGCACGACAUGUAUUUUCUUACCAGCAAUAGCCGACUGAAUGAGCAAGUGGUUGAUAAAAUUAUUCUUCAGCUUAACAGAGUCUACCCUCAAAUUCUUACCAAUGCGGAAGCAGAAAAGUUCAGGAAUCCAAAGGCAUCACUCCAUACCAGACUUUCAGAUCUGAUAAAGCACCUUCAAAAGAAAGGAGACAGACACUGUCAAGAGUUUUACAGGGCUCUACAGAUCAAUGCUGAACAGCUGUAUAAUGACCUGCCAAGCAGGAAAAUCUUGAAAACCACAGAUUCCACAGAGAUAGACACUGACAAGGAGAAAUAUAUGCUAAAUGACAGGGGUCCAGUGUUUUUCCUCGCUUGUUUUAGCGUUGCUGCAGGAUUUGCAUUAUUUUGGUAUUGCUGUAACUCAGAUACGAAAGUCAUAGGAAGAGCCAGGAGAAUCUUGGGCUUUUCUCCUAUUAUCAUAGGAAGACACAUUAGAAAUAUCUGUAUGUUGUAUUUGGAAGACGUAUCAAGAAAUUAAGGAAGAGCCGCCUCUUCGCUUGUCUGUACAGUAUACCUGCCGAGGGAAGACAACGGUGCAUGAAUAUUAGUGUACUAUACUCUCAUACCAAAGAUUUUAUUAACUAGCUUCAUCAAUAAUUGUGUUGCCUCAAGAUGUAUUCAGAAUCUCAGCUAUAUAUGUCCUUCCUUAUGGGAACGGACCAUUUAUUUUUGUAAAUGCUUAUUUUAAAAUAUUUAUCAUUUGGAUAAAAAAUAUUUUUAAUACAAACUUUAGAACGCUAUCCUAAGUGAUCAUGGGUCUUAAGCCAUGUUUGCAUAUGUGUUUUAUACUGGAAUGAAGGAUCACAACUAUUUAAAGAAUGCUAGCCCGUCUUUUGUGAUAAUUUAAGAAAAGCACUUAAAAAACCACAUGCACUCAAAGCCUUACUAAGAAACGGAUCUCCAUCUCAGGAUUCUCUGUUUUGUCUAGAUCCUUUGUACUUACUGCCUGAGCUCAGGUGGGCGCUGGCACCUACGAAGUUUAUCAGGGCCAGUUACCUUUGUGUACGCCUCGUACUUGCCGUAUUUUCUAACUCCCCUGUUCGUGCCUCAUCUCAGCCUGCCUUGUUCGUGGUCACACUCGGCUGUUGGCCGUGGUUUGGAUGCGCCGGAGCUGGUGCAGACUGGUUCCCAGCCCGCAGAGGGUCCCAGGGACUGGAAUGUCUGAUCUGAAGCAUUUGAAACUACCAAGAAAACUUUUCAGAUUUAUUUCACUUUUCCUUUUCCAGUGAAGUGUUUUGCAGUCUGUAUGUCUAGGAAACUGAAGUAACCCAAGAUAUUUUGCAGGGACUUAAGUGCCAUGAUGUGGGGCGCUUUUUAUGGCCAAUAAAUAUGUAUACUUACUUGAAGAG